UAACGAAAGGACUGGUGUCUGUAUUUUGCAUUACUUUCAACUGGAAUACGCUGGAGCGAACCCUACUCAGGUUAAACGUGAUUUUGAUUAUAUUGCGAGAACCAUAUUUCCUAGAGUAAAUUCUUUAUAUUAUACUUUGUUGUAGGCUACUGCUUUUUCACAUUUAUUUAGACUUUUUUUCUGUUCUGAAACUGAUACUGAAUGUUCAGUGUGUUAAGGCUACUCUGGGUUUGUCAGCAAAUUGUUUUAACUCAACUUUCUAAAUGAGUGCAAUUGGGUAAAAAUAGGAAGAUCUCAAGGACCAAGAGAAGCCAGUGCUGGGAUAUGAGUGUGAAUCCUAUUUGAAAUUAUUAUUUAUUAUUAUUUAUCUUUCUUUCAAUUAGGCUAUUGUUGAGUGAAUAUGGUUUAUGGAAAUUGAUUUUUGGUCUAUGGAUGACUUUGGGAGGCAUUCCCAUUGUAAAAAAAGCUGAUGCCCUCAAACAUCAGGCAACUUUUUUUUAAAAAGUCGAAUUACGACUUUGCAGGUGUCGCUCCUCCAAAUCCUGUUGGACUGGAGAUCAUGACCACAAGCGGCCAGCAAACUGCUGCAGCAACAGGGCCACUAGACCUGCGGAUUAAUGGUCCACAUGGAAAAGUUAGUGAGGAGACUGGAGUGAAUCCUUCUGAAUGUGGGACGGCCUCGUGCUGCAAUGGUAACCCUAUGGACAAUGGCAAGGCGAAGGCUGAAGAAAUGCUUGUUCACACACAUGGGGGCCCUGGCCAUAGCAAUGGUACGAGACAAACAGGCACCGAGAUUCAGCGUCCUUCUAGAUCGGCAGCGGUGAUGCCUACGCAGGAGAGGCCACUGAAAACGGAUCUCAAUCGGGAAAAUACUGACUGUCUUAAGAUGCUUGAUCCUACGCCCCCUAGAACUUUACACUCAGUAAAAUGUGAAAGAGACAGCAGUACUGCAGCCGCCUGCGAUUCAAAGACGAUGGACAAACCUGUCUCCAGGCUUCCGUUCAGAAAGCGUCGCUUUCCGGCGGGACAAGAAGCGUAUGGCCAAUCGCGGACGCCGUCUGGAAGUGAAUGCCCUCGGACCGCCAAGAAUACUCAAGAGGGGGGGAGCAUUCCGGCAAAGUUAUCGAAACGAAACGUGCAGGACAGUGUUGGUAUCCGGCAUCAGGUGCAACCGCUCUACACAAAUGGUCAGGGAGACAGGGGACUGGCCAUGGAACUGUAUCAACCAACACCGUACAUCCCUUAUGCAGGUUAUCCAGGCGUGAUCUUCAACCUACCAGUCCCUGUAUCUUUCCCCAUCCGCCCAAAGGAAGAGCCGGGAUACCUGUCCAUAGAUGCAGCAACAUGGAAAGACGAGGACGGAGACACGGCACUCCACAUUGCAGUGGUACAGGGACAGGAAGCUCUAGUUCACAGAUUGAUCCACACGCUGAUCCAGGCUCACAAAGACUUGGACAUAUACAAUUACCUGAGACAGACGCCGCUGCACCUGGCGGUGAUCACUAACCAGGUGAUCCUGGUGGAGGCUCUGCUCCAGGGCGGCUCAGACCCAGGGGUUCUGGACCGGCACGGACAGACGGCGGUCCACCUGUGCUGCGAGCACGGCCUGACCCUGUGCCUGGAGCGCGUGCUGUCCCACCCCUCCCCCCUGCCCUGCCUGGAGGCCCGCAACUACGAGGGUUUGACCCCUCUCCACCUGGCUGUUCAGAACGGGAACAAGAAUCUGGUCAAGCUGUUGCUUAACAGCAGGGCUGACAUCGAUGCUGUGGACAUAAAGAGUGGUCGCAGCCCCCUGGUUCACGCCGUGGAGAAUAAGAACAUAGAGAUGGUCAACUUCCUCAUCGAGAACCGCUGCAAUGUAAACGCACAGUCCUACAGCGGGAACACAGCUCUGCACAGCGCCUGUGGCCGCGGCCAGGUGGAGGUGGUCCGGGUCCUUCUCAGGAACGGGGCCGACAGCAGUCUGAAGAACUACCACAACGACACCGCCCUCAUGGUGGCCAAGAACAAGAAGGUAACAGAUGUACUGCGUGGGAAAGGGUCACGAAGCCAGAACCCCAAACCACUGGACAAGUCCUGUGAGCCCUCCUCCCCACACAGAUGUACACCACUGUCUCAACAACUUAGUCCGAAUGGAACUCCAGUUCAAUCUCCUAUCCACACCCACCAUCGCUCCCCAUUGGCCACCCACAGUGCAUCCCACUCUCCAAGUGGUGCUCUGCCCAAUCAUUGUCCUUUCACACAAUCAACCGAGAGACAGUCGGGCGAAAUAGAACAACAGCAACACCUGCAGCUUCUGGUUGUGCACCCAACCAUGCUAGGAGACAUGCUCUUCCCAAUCCGGCCUGUUGCACCAGGGUGUGGCUACCAGUCUUCCAUGCGAGAUUGUAACAUGCGUGCAAUUAUUCCCAGUUUCAGUCCCUAUCAUCCCCAGGGCGUUCCAAGAACAAACCCUAAUGCCCCAGCCAGCCUCCCCUACCCAGCCAGCCAUAGCCUACCAUUUUUCCAUGGCCAAUCACGUCCAUCCAGCCACAGCAGUGACCAAUCAGAUGCAUCUACUAUGAGCAUUAGCAGUGAGGGGAAAGGUGAAAGUUGACCGUGGUAAGAUUAAAAGUUGACAGGAGAUUUAAUCCACUCACUUACCUCAGUUUUAUGGAGUUUAGGAAUGUGGCACUGCAAACACAUUUUUUUCUUUUGCACUGUUAGCUGCUUAGAGACAGGAAGGAUUUGAUUUUAAAGGUACAAUAAGUAAGACUUUUGUGUUAAAACAUUGUCAAAGACCAUUGUAAAACCCUUCCUAUCAUUGAAAAAGGCUCACUGACAUGUUGACUCACCCUAUGCCUGUGUUUAUAGUCCUUAAAUUCGGGUUUCAAAAUAUACAGUUGACGGACCAACACUCUGUACAAAAAAUAUUGUAUAGCUGUACAAUAAUUCAUUGGUCGAAAAUUGGUUCUAAUUGCCACAGCCAAUGGCGUAGGGGGGUUUUAACAUCAGCACGUUCACAGAGAAGGGGGAGGGAUAAACAGUGUUGUGGUUUGAAGGUGUUUGUUCCUGCAUUUCCUCUCUUGACCGUUAGAAGUCUGAAAUUACCUAUUGUACCUUUAAAAAAUAACUGUGAUGUCAUGAGUGAAUACCAGACAGGAUUUGGGGGAAUAGCAUCAGUAUUGAAGGAUUUACCACUGAAGAGAUGUUCCUAAAUCGAACAUGUCUGCAUUGGCUACAGUUAUAUCACAUGUGAUUUAGGCUAAAUGUAAGGCCGCUUUCCUGCCAAAAGCCAAGUUUGGCCGGCUCACGUGGGGCAGCAAUAAUUGGCUCGCUGCUCCAGAGGGAGGGACUUGGCAGGGUUAUUAGAUCGCCGCACAAUAAGCACCUCGGGCGCCUCGGAAUCACGGCAUCGAGCACGAGACGGCUUGAAGAAGGCGUGUCGCUCUCAUUCGGGCCGCCGAGGGACGGGGUACGGGCGGUACAUCUAAUACGACUACCUCCAAUUGAAUCAGACGAGGUACAAUUGGCUACCAAAUUGGGAGAAAAAGGGAAAAAUCUGGAAAAAUUGUAUUCAAAAAAAAAAAAAAAAUGUAAGGCCGCUUUAUGUCCACUGUAUGUACUGUAUAUUUUCGCAUGUUUCCCUGUAUUUAUUUCCAGGUCCUCAAAUGUUCGUAUUUCCUGUUUAAUGUAAGCUUGGAUUUAAAAAAAAAAACCCAAAAAACAAUGGUUUUGGCAGCCCACAUGAUAAAAAAAAGCUUUGCACUGUGUAUGUGUACAGAAUGCUACAUGAGUUGAAACAAACCUUCUAUAAAGCCUUAUAAUUAUCUAUUAAAAUGUAUUGAUCAGAACUAGGGUUCUCUUAUUUAUUUCUAUACCAAAUUCCAAAAUUAUUACUAUUUUUUAUUAUUAUAUUGUAUUUCAUGCAUUUGUGUCUAUGCAUUGAUUGUGUCGGUAAAGGUUGUAGCUAAAGUUGUGACUGUAUGUGAAUAUGUGUAUAUUCAAAAUGACUUGAGAAUAAAUAUUUUUUCUACAUAAAAA